ACAUUGGAAGUCUUGUCCAAUCUCGCAUUCAGUCGUAAUCAGUCUAUCUCUCUGCUCACAGCCGAAAGCUUCGACGACGAAUAUCGCUACUAAACUGACCAAAGGCAAACUUAUAGUGCGUAGUGGAAUGCGACAACUCAUAGCUAACGCAGAUAGUUUUGUCGUGUGGAAUUAGCAUUAGGGAUCGGGCCAUUGUAUAGUGUCAGUGAAACUAGUAACACGCAGAAACAGUGUCCAUUCUCAGCAUGUCUCUUCUGGCUCGCUUCCGAGGGUUCCCCACUGCCCUGCUGCAGCAUGCCAAGGUCAGCUACUCGAGUGCUGCCACGGCGGCCAAACUUCAGGAACUGGCCCUGGAGGAGAACUGCAUCCUGGUAAACGAGAAGGACCAAUCGCUGGGAAACGCCUCCAAGCGGGAUUGCCACCGGGUGGACGAAAACGGGAACAUCCGGCUGCAUCGAGCCUUCAGUGUGUUUCUGUUCAAUUCCAAGGGCGAAAUGCUGCUGCAGCGAAGAUCUACCCACAAGAUAACGUUUCCUGAUUGUUAUACCAAUGCAUGCUGUAGUCACCCGCUGCAUGAUAUCGAAGGUGAACGGGAAGAACUGAAUGCCCUGGGAAUCCGGAGGGCUGCCCAGCGGAGGCUCAACUACGAGCUGGGAAUCCCGUUGAGUCAGGUACGCCCGGAAAACUUCCAUUUCCUCACGCGUAUCCACUACGCUGACAAGGGCGAUGGCGUGUGGGGUGAGCACGAGAUCGACUACAUUCUGUUCCUUCAGAAGGACGUGGAUCUGAAGCCGAACGAGAGUGAAGUCAGCGAAAUACGCUACAUCCGACGAGAUCAACUGGACAACCAGAUUUCCGGCUUGGAUGCUCCUCUGACGCCGUGGUUCCAACUGAUUCUCACCCAUCGGUUAAAGUUGUGGUGGGAUAAUCUACAUCGGUUGAAAAAAUACCAGAAUCUCAACGAAAUCGAACGAUUUUGAGUGGGGCUCCAGAGGACUGCUUUACAUACAAAACAACAACGGGGCAAUAAUAUAUGGCUAAUAUUAGACACAAGUUCUGUACCAUGGGCAUCAUAAUCUAGUUGCAACUAUUUCAUAAUAUAUACAAGUUAACGGUCUUUUCAGCUUCCUCUUUACGACUGAUUAAAUCGUAAUCGAAUAAAUGUAUUUUCCACCCGA